AUCUAGCCCCGAAAUUAUUCGUUGAGACCUGAGUCAACUAACAUUUCUGGUACCAAAAUCCACCUCUGGAGGGAGUGUCAUCUCACCCAACUCCAAGAAACAGACGAAGAAGUCAUCUUCGAACGUCACAUCAGCACCAAGCGGGAAGCAGGCUACCAGUGGCUAGCGCGCUGGCUAAAUAAAGAGCCGCCCAAUAUUCCAAGAUGCCCCGCGAGAUAAUAACGCUUCAGCUUGGACAGUGCGGGAAUCAAAUCGGCUUUGAGUUUUGGAAGCAGCUAUGUGCAGAGCAUGGCAUCAGUCCAGAAGGCAUCGUCGAGGAGUUUGCCACCGAAGGAACUGACAGGAAAGAUGUUUUCUUCUAUCAGGCUGAUGAUGAGCAUUACAUCCCUCGCGCGGUCCUCCUGGAUUUGGAGCCUCGUGUAAUCCACUCCAUCCUCAACUCUCCCUACGCCAACCUGUACAACCCCGAGAACAUCUAUCUGUCCGAGCACGGCGGAGGGGCCGGCAACAACUGGGCCAGCGGGUUCUCGCAGGGGAAAAAACUCCAAGAGGACAUUUUCGACAUCAUUGACCGCGAGGCAGAUGGGAGCGACAGUCUGGAGGGGUUCGUCCUCUGUCAUUCCAUUGCCGGGGGCACGGGAUCCGGUCUGGGGUCCUACCUGCUGGAAAAGCUAAAUGACAGGUAUCCAAAGAAGCUUGUGCAGACCUACUCGGUCUUCCCCAACCAAGAUGAAAUGAGCGACGUUGUGGUGCAGCCUUACAACUCACUGCUAACACUGAAGAGGCUCACGCAGAAUGCUGACUGUGUGGUGGUGCUGGACAACACGGCACUGAAUCGCAUCGCCACAGACCGGUUGCACAUCCAGAACCCUUCCUUCUCACAGAUCAACCAGCUGGUGUCCACCAUUAUGUCAGCGAGCACCACCACCCUGCGCUACCCGGGGUACAUGAACAACGACCUGAUCGGCCUCAUCGCCUCGCUCAUCCCAACGCCGCGCCUCCACUUCCUGAUGACCGGAUACACGCCGCUGACCACCGACCAGUCUGUGGCCAGCGUGAGGAAGACCACCGUGCUGGACGUUAUGAGGAGGCUCCUGCAGCCCAAGAACGUGAUGGUGUCCACGGGAAGGGAGCGCCAGCCCAGCCACUGUUAUAUCGCCAUCCUAAACAUCAUCCAAGGGGAGGUGGACCCCACUCAGGUGCACAAAAGCCUCCAGAGGAUCCGAGAGCGCAAACUGGCCAGUUUCAUCCCCUGGGGUCCAGCCAGCAUCCAGGUGGCGCUGUCCAGGAAGUCACCGUACCUGCCGUCGGCCCAUCGCGUCAGCGGCCUCAUGAUGGCCAAUCACACCAGCAUCUCCUCCCUUUUCGAGCGAACGUGUCGGCAGUACGACAAGCUGCGCAAACGGGAGGCCUUCCUGGAGCAGUUCCGCAAGGAGGACAUCUUCAAGGACAACUUCGACGAACUGGACAACUCGCGAGAGGUGGUGCAGCAGCUGGUGGAUGAAUAUAGUGCCGCCACCAGGCCCGAUUACAUCUCUUGGGGAACGCAGGAGCAGUGAAGGAAGCCUAUUCCACAAUAUGGUGUCUACGUGUUGUCUGGCACGACGUUCCACUGACUUAUUGCCUUCUUUUUGCCCUCCCACCACACUGUUUUCUCUUCCUGGUCAACCGUCAAUGAGUGAAGACGCAAUGCAUGAUGGGUAACCACGACCAGUUAUUUGUGUAAUUAACUCAUUGGUUGCCAUUGACGGCGCCAAACUAUUGCAGUCGAUGAGUUAAAAUAAAAUGUACAAUAAAGAUUUUUUAAAUGUA